GGAACUGGCGUGUAAAGGUGCCUUCGUAAUUCGUGGAUAUUUUUUCAAGCAUCCCAGCCGCUUAUUUGCAGCUUCAAGGAUAUUUUUUUGAGGAUAUUUCUCACUUUAAGUUGAGUGUUAAGAUCAUAUCCAGAACUUAGUACAUUGAGCAGAAAAAUUUGUUACUAUGGAUGUCCUUGGUAACGACAAAAGAUGGCUUGUGACUCUGGUUACUUCAAAUAAGGUCGUAGCUCCAGUUUUACAGGAUGUCGUGAAACAAGGAAUGGACAAGCUGUAUGCUACCCUAGAUAAUUACCUUAAUGGCUUACCGACACCUUGCAGCCUACAAACACUGACCUAUGCAGAUGUAUGCCAUCUGGCAGCCACUCCAAGUCCUGCUUCUUCGCUUAAAGACCUAAAUUUCGGAAAUAUUAACAACAACUCUGGUGUUCAUGGAAAGACCAAAACGGCUUAUAACUACAAUGUAAACAGCCUAGUUGAUCUUGCCAAGCUUUAUCUUCCAUACUACCUUGCAGAAUUCUCGGCAUUCGACAAAUCUAUGGAUUUGAAUGCCGCUCUUAGACUAUUGGGAUGUAGGAAGUAUCCCGUACAAGUAUUCGUGUCUUCCGAUCCCUUGCACGAUAUUCAGCCGUUGGCAGAUGAUGUCAGAGAUAAUGUUAGGAAUCGGGGAAGUCAUUUUAAAGAGAGUGACUGGACCCAAAUCUUCUUUGACCAGUGCUUUGACAAGUUAAAGGCUCUGCUCCAAUAUCUGCCCCUGCUUCCCGCCAAAAAGAAGGAGCUUUUAGAUCAACUCUCAGCAUGGAAAACAGAAGGUUUCAAGCGGAUUGUUGACAAUGACGUCAAAGAUCUACUGGAAAAAUUUCAAAACGUCAAAUUUGCUUCAAUUAAUGACAAAUUGGACGACAUGCCAACUAGGGAGGAGAACGAAAGAGUGAUAGAAAAGCUGUUUUCCUUUCACACCAGUAUGAUGGAUAGAUUUGAUAGAAUGGAAUCCUUACUUCGAAAAGUUGAGCACAAGCUCGACGGCAUCAGCGUCAGUGCUAUAAAUCAGGAAGGUAGCAAGAGUGUUCACUCUACAGAAUCAAGCGUCUUGUCUACAGACGCCACUUCUAAAGAAACCCGCCAAAUGAGUGAAAAGGCAAACAAUCCGGACUUGAAAUGCAAGCUUAGAGCUGAGAAUGCCAAAUUAUCAAGAGGGGCACUACACAAAGCUGCCAUCAACGGUCGAUGUAACGUCAUCAAAGCACUUCUUGAAAGUGGUGAAGAUGUCGACCAAACAGAUAAGUUUGGUUUGACGCCCCUUCACCUUGCCGCAUGGUAUGGUCAGGGAGCUGUUGUAAAACUCCUGUUACAGCACGGUGCAAAUGUAAAUGCUGUAGAUAGGUUUCAUAAAACGCCUUUACAGAAGGCUUAUCGCAACAAUCACCGAUACGUAGCUGCGCUGCUCCUGAGAAAUAAUGCGACUUCCAGUUACAACCAACCGCCUAGUCUCAGAUCCCUUUCAAGGAAUGCUUUCCUCCAUGUAGAUGCACGAUCCGGCUUCAAUCAACUGCAGGCGGCUGUAUUUCAAGGCGACUAUGACACGUUUCUGAGUGCUGCUGCCUGCCUUGCGAAUCUUUUACAAGACAUGAACUCACAAAAAACAGGAAGCCAAGCAAAGGCAUUUCCUGGAAAAACUGCGCCAGAGAUUCUCUUAGCUCUCCAAGAUAAAGGAGAGGGAUAUCUUAAGAUAGAAGAACUGUACCAAGAGGAAGUUGAGAAGUUCGAUACAUUAACUGAGCUGCACUUGUGUCAAGACAACAAUGAUGUAGAGAAGGCUGUCGAGAUUGUUCUAAACGAAGGUGUGGAUAUAAACAUCCCAGGAAAGAGCAACCGUACACCUUUGUUGUGGGCAAGUCAAUCAGCCUCUGGUGAGUUUAUCAAGACCCUCACUGAUCUUGGAGCUGACGUAAAUGCUCAGAGGACAGACGACAAGAUUGCACCUUUGCAUUCGGCAGCUUGUUGGAACAACUACAUGGCCGUUGACAUCCUUUUAAAGUAUGGAUGCGACAUCAAUUUGCGCGACAACGCCGGCCAUAUUGCGCUUUACACAGCCGUCCGUAAAAAACACAAACACAUUGUCAAACGUUUACUUGAAAGCGCAGCGGAUGUGAAUAUGAAACACAAGGAGAAUGCAAGUGAGAGAAUGUACCUUGUUCGUGGGAAGGACAGAGGAAAGCAAGCCUGGCAUUAUGUCCUAGUUAACAAAGCUCUUUUGCCCUUGUUCUUGAGGCGGACCAAAGGUGGUGGUCUUGACGUUGCAGACUUUGGACGCGUCCUCACGAGUGGAUGGGGAAAGGAUCCUCCAGAGGACAUACGGAAGAGUAUCGGGGAAAUGGUUUCUACCUUUCCUGACACACAAAGUCGGACAGUUCUUCAUGUUGCUAGCAAGAGUGCUAGUCUCGAGAUUGUAGAUUUGCUUGUGAAAUACAAAGCAGAUAUAAACGCCUACGACGCGGACGGUUUCACACCACUGCAUUUGGCAGCGAUGUAUGGCAACAUUCAAGUUGUUAAAAGACUGGUUGAAAUGAACGCCGACCUUAACUUGAAAGUGGAUGGAAAGGAUGCCGCUGACUUGGCUCGUAUGAACGAAGAAACAGAAAUUGAGGAGUACCUUAAACCAAAAAGAUCAAGCCUUCCCUAAAGAGACUCGGAAAGUUAAUUAGCGGAAAGUCAACUGGCGGAAAGUCAAUCGGUGGAAAUUCAACCAGGGGGAAGUCAAUCGGUUUUCAAAGUUGCCAUUAAAGGGGCAGGACAAGGCUUAAAGUACCUUGAACAUGGCUUAAAGUUCCUCGAGGAAAAUUUCAGUUAACUUAUGCCGUUCACCAUUAUUUUAAACUUUUCAGCGGACGAUAUUUGUUUUACAUAUAAUCAGCGCAAACAAAAAUUGUUUGCAA